CCGCCGGUCAGACUUUGCCGCCGGCCUCAUGACUGUUCCUCCAACUGGAACUCUUUUUGUUUCCCGAUCCCCAACGCGUUUCAUCUCCCUCCAUAUUUUUUUUUUAAACGGCUGUAUGUAAACUUGCACGGUUCGUGCCAGUGAGACUGGCACCGCGAGGCAAAUUUUAACUUGUUGCUCGUUGUUACGCGACCUUUACAUUAUUUUCUUGCCACCCCAUGCGUGCAUCAUGACCAAUCGAACGAAGAAUGGACCCAAGUUGCCUGCGCAGCAGCUGGCAAUCCUAGCCGUCGCCAGGUUUGCUGAGCCGCUGGCCCUGACUUCCGUCUUCCCCUAUCUCCCGGAGAUGAUAGCCAGCUUUGGCGUGGAGAAGAACGAGGUCGCACGAUGGGCCGGCUUCACGGGCGCCAUCUUCUCCAUAUCCCAGAGUCUCACUGCCGUUGCCUGGGGCAGGGCUUCCGACAGAUUCGGCCGCAAACCCGUCAUCCUGACCGGCCUCGCAAGCACCAUGACCUGCUUUCUUCUCUGGGGCAUGUCGACGAGCCUCCCGAUGGCCAUCACUGUCCGUGCCAUCAUGGGUGGCGGCAACGGCAAUGUUGGUAUCAUUAGAACCAUGGUAGCCGAGAUGGUGCCCGAGAAGGAACUCCAGCCAAAGGCCUUCUCGCUCAUGCCCCUUGUAUGGAGCAUUGGCUCGGUUUUCGGGCCUGCGUUUGGCGGCUUCUUUGCGCGCCCGGCAGAGCAAUACCCCAAUGUUUUUGGACAAAUAGAGUACUUCAAGCGCUACCCUUUCGUCCUGCCGAAUCUGAUGGCCUGCUGUGUUUUCUUUAUUUCCUUCAUGACCGGCCUACUGUUCCUCAAAGAAACCCUCCAGAGCAAACGCCACAGACGCGACUGGGGCCUGCUGCUGGGCGAAAAGCUUACCCGCCCGUUCAAACGGUCCAAGCCACACGCCAGACGUAGAAGGCUGUCCUUUGUCGACGACGAGGCAUCAGCACCCCUGCUGGCCGAGUCGACCCUGUCCACAUCGGAACAAAUCGCCAGCAAGACGCAACCGAUCAGUUUCAACGAGAUCUUCACCCCGCAAACCAGCAUCAACCUUGUGGCAUACACCUUCCUAGCCCUGCAUUCCGUUGCCUAUGACCAGGUCCUCCCCGUAUUCCUCAACUACCCUUGCGUGGUGCCGGAUGAAACCAACACCCAUCUCCCUUUCCAGUUCACGGGGGGUUUCGGCCUGAGCUCCGACAAGAUCGGCACGAUAUUCACUGUCUAUGGCAUCGCUUGCGGCAUCGUGCAAUUCUUCCUCUUCCCCACGCUGUGCGCUCGCUUCGGCGUGCUAAACUGCUACCGGACUGCGACCUUGAUCUUCCCCAUCAUCUACUUCCUCACCCCUUACACGGCCCUGAUCCAGGACACCACCGCGCGCUACGCCGUCUUCCUCGCCAUCAUGCUGGUCAAGGGCGUUGUCGUCAUCAUCGGCUUCCCCUGCACCACCAUCCUGCUGACCAACUCGGCCUCGUCCCUGCGCAUCCUCGGCACCCUCAACGGCUUCGCCACCACCUUCAGCGGCCUCGGCCGCGCCAUCGGCCCCGCCGCCGUCGGCGCCGUCUUCAGCUGGGGCGUGCGCGAGGGUUACGCCAUCGCCCCCUGGUGGCUGCUCGGGACCGUCGCCCUCCUCGGCGCCAUCCCGCCGUUGUUCAUCGUCGAGGCCGACGGUCCGACCCGCAGCCUGGGCGCCGGCGACGAGGACGCCGACGAGAAUGGCGGGGAGGCUGAGGAGAGUUUGCUUCUGCUCGACCAGGAUGUGGAUGAUGCUGCCGGGUCGGAAGAAGAGAUGCGCAGCAGGGCGGAGAAUAACGCUUAUGGGACCAUGAGCGGCGCAGUCUGUGGGGCGUCGCGUUGAGUGAGGUGAAGAAGUUUGACGUCGUUCACGCGUUGGAUAUGAGACUUACGAUUUCAUGCCAUCUCUCAAGAUGUCAAGGGCUGUACUGAAGGGUUUCUGUUUUUCUUUUCUUUUCUUUUCUUUUUCUUUCUGCAUAUGCAUCCGUGGAGUCUUUGGCGUUGACAUUUGUCAUGGAAAAGAUGCUUCGGUCUUGGGAAAGUAAGGGUAAUCAUCAAAUAAUCUGGGGCUACGGUUAGAGAGAAGUAGUAUUAAAUGGAUUUCUCUUUUUCUUGGUCAAAGAAAAAGUAACAGAUGAUCAAAUUUAUAUUCAGAAGGAAGAAGAGAGAAAUAAUAGCAGAAACGGAAA